AGAGUCUUCAUGAAAGUAAAAAGUUCCCCCCGCCUUAAAGACCCAGGUGGGACGGUCCAGGUGUCCCCCUCAGCAGCCAGGCAGACUGUUAGAUCCUACAGCAGGAAGAAACCACAGAGCAAGAGUCAGCUGAAGAUCUUGCCUCUGUCAUCUGCGAGCAGUGAAGAAGACUCCUCUGUGAUGAAGACUCCAGCCAGAAAGACGGCCGAGCUUCUGUUUGACCAGAUCCGAUACUCCACGCCUUCACACCCCACAGACUCUCCAAACUGCUCCCAUCUAAACUCAGGUGAUCCUGUGGGGGCGGAGCUACAAAUCUCUCAGGAGCAGACAGAUGACUUUGGAGGAGGCAGCUCUCCUAAAAAAAAGGAAGUCUUCAGUUCUGAAAGGAAGAGAUCCGCUCCAGACUCAGGCUACCUGUCAGACCAAACUGAGGGCCCUUUGGCCCACAAAAGGGGUGCGGAGCCUCAGCCAGAGGGGGAGGAGUCAAACUCAUUCCUGACAGCGCCGACAAAGAGAUUGAACUCGCCGCUGGUCUCAGAGGGGUCACCUGAGGGGCCGGAGCCACCAGAGGAGGAGGCAGGGCUGCCUGAUGAAGGGCUGAACCACAUGUUGAGAAGGAGGGGCCUGUGAUGGAUGCAGGGGUGGAGUCAGGCCUAACCACCAGCAUCACAGCUGCCUUCAACACCUUCAGAACACAACUAGAACAACACUUCACUGGCAUCUGGCAGAACGUCGAAACUGAAGUUCUUCAGUCUCUAAGAGAGUGUCAGCAACGUGUCUCUUCACUGCUGACCUCUGUCCACAAACAAAGGUGUGUGUUGCUGCAGACGUUCGAGAACAGCGUCACUGAUCAGCUGAACCGACUGCAAGAAAACUCAACCAGCCUGAAUGCCAUAAACACACAGAUCCUGAAUUUUAUCCAGUCAGAGAUGCAGCGACUGGGCUCCUUCUGCGACGAACAUCUGCAGAGGUUGAAGUCUUUGGAAGGUGGAGAGUCUGGGCCGUCCGGCCACUGAAGGAGGAGAAUAGUUUUGUUUUUGUGUCUUGAGUUAAAUAGUCAAUUUCUUCUCUGAAGGCAGAAAAACUAAUAAAGCAAAGUUGACUUGAAAACCA